AUGAACACCUAUUUCGAUCCCAGCAUUCUUCCCGUAGGAUAUACUGUGUGGAAGGGUGCACCUGACAACAACUUCGACAGCCAGACUCUGAUAGCGGUGUCCGGUGUCUAUGGGCCUGGCUACAACCAAACCGCCCAAGAAAACGGAAAUAUCACGAUAGUUCUGGACAGAAAAGAGGUUGCUCCGUUUGCCAGACCGAUUGAUGUGUUUAUGACGCCCGAAGGUCGGCAGUCGAGCAUGGGGUGGUUGGAUCCAGUUGCUGCGAGAACAAGGAGGUCAUAG